GUGUCGAGUUUUAGAUGUGUAAUAGCCGCUAAAGAAAUUGUUAAGUGUUUGUUAGCUAGUCUUGCCCCGACCGGCCGGCGGAGGGUAGUGUCGCCGCGUGCUCUCGCUCUGUGCCGCCGCCGCCGUCGUCCGAGAUGAUGGCACCGCUGAACUUCUCCGCGCCGGCCGCCAAGCCCAAGAUCGGCUUCUCGAUCGACUCUAUCGUCGGCGACGACUCGCCGGCCGAGGAGAAGCCGCGUGUGUCGGCCGCCGGACGCGUGUCCCCGGCUCGCUCUCCUCGCUCUCCUCGCUCGCCGCGCUCGCCCGGCUCGCCGGCCGGAGCCGCCUGGUCGCCGUCGAGCCGGCCCCGCUCGCCGCUGCGCUCGCGCUCGCCGGUGUGGCAGCGCGGCGGCGGCGGCGGGCCCAAGUCGCCGCCGGUGGACCUCGAGUCGGCCAAGCUGGCCGCCUUCCACCACCUGCAGAGCAUGCAGCAGCUGCACAGUAUGCGGCUGCACGCGCCGGAGCCGCUGCACCCGGCCGCGCUGCGGACGCCGGUGCCCGGUCUGCCCGGGUUCGGUCUGGCGCACCCGCUGGCUCUGCCGCGGCCGGCGGUGUCGGCAGCCGGUCAGCCGCUGCCGCCGGCGUUCGGACCGCCGCACCUGGGCGCCGGCCUGCCGCCGCAGACGGAGUACCCGCUGCUGCCGUGGCUCUACUCGCGACAGGGACGCCUCUUCCCCUCUCGGUUCCCAGGUCCCGAGUUUCCUGCGUUUCUCCUGCAGCCCUUCCGGAAACCCAAGCGGAUCCGGACGGCGUUCUCUCCGAGUCAGUUGCUGAAGCUGGAGCACGCCUUCGAGAACAACCACUACGUGGUGGGCCAGGAGCGCAAGCAGCUGGCGCAGGCGCUCAACCUCUCUGAGACACAGGUCAAAGUGUGGUUCCAGAACCGACGCACCAAGCACAAGCGCGUGCAGGACGAGGAGGGCGGCCCGACCAAGUCCCCGGGCGCGUCGGUCGCCGCCGCCGACGCCGCCGACGAUCAGACCGACAGUCUGCUCACCUACGAGGAGUCGGACGACGAGAACAUCGACGUCGACGCUGCUGAUAAACCCGAGCAGCAGUGAGAGCUAUAGGACCGAUACCGCGUCCGUGCGCGCCGGUGGUGGUGCUGACGUCACGCUAGCUGAAGCUGCCGGCGUUAAUGCUGGAGCUGAUGCUGGCGCUGACGCUGACACCACUGGCGCUGACGCCACUGAAUCUGGCACUGACGCAUCUGACGCCGUCAUUAGUGCUGGUGCUGAGCUGCCCAGAGGUAGCUGGAUCACCAGCCAGAGACUGGACGGCAGACUGGGUGCACCGCAACACUAUUUAUUUGGCCUAGGCGGCCGUAUGGACAGAGGCUGGUGCCCAGUGCCGACUGAAUAACCCCUAUACCAUGUGAUAUUAAUUUCCCAGAUGCUACUCUAUCGAACUCUGAUAGGGCGUUCGUAUUGUGUGCUCGACUCUAGAGGUGCCCGACCGUGGUGAAACCAGAGACCGUUGCCAGUCUGAUUAUUUUCCCAAUGUGAUAUUUGUUGUAGACUAGACUAGAGUAUAGUAUUUCUUGGCCGUUCAGUGGCAGCUGUGUGCGUGUGUGUAUGUGCCAGUUCGGUGUUGUACAUAUGUCUGUGUCUGGUGACGACCCGCCAUCUUUGGGCCCACUACGACCGAAUUUGGUGCUUACUGACAUAUGUACAAAAUGACGUAUAUGUGUGUAUGUAUUGGUUAUUAGGAACGCUGAUGUUAGAAGAUGAUAAGAAAGUCUUUUGGGACCUAUAUAUGUAAAAUGUGUGUCGGUGGUCCUAUCGAACAAAUAAAACAAUGAUAGAUAAAGAAAA